AGAAGACGUCAUUAAUUCAUAACCUCAAUCUUUUAACUACCUAUUACCUAUUCUUUAUGCUUUUACAUUCCCCAAGUGCAAUACCUUGAAUAAUUUGAAUUUUUAAAUGCAUUUUUUCUAAUUAGUGCUUUAAAAAUGUUUCCUUCCAGUACCCAGUGUAAAUACUGGAUGUUUAAUAGUGAAGAGGAACUCAACAGGCUAAGGCAGAAGGCCAAUGCGAAGCAUAUUCAAAUAUAUGGCCAACACACUGCUGAGAAUUCCAAAUAUGACGUUUUCCUGACUCCGGAAGAAGAGAAGAUAAUGGUAAAACGAUUCGAAUUACAUUUGAGGGAUUUUUGCAAAAGAUUUCAACCGCCUAUGCCUCGAUAUGUUGUGGGAACUGCAUUUCAUUAUUUCAAAAGAUUUUACAUAAAUAAUUCAGUCAUGAAUUACCAUCCGAAGGAAAUUAUGGUAACCUGUAUAUAUUUAGCCUGUAAAGUAGAAGAAUUCAACGUAUCUAUUCAACAAUUUGUAGCCAAUAUAAAGGGCGACAGAGAGAAGGCUACAGACAUAAUUUUAAAUAACGAAUUGCUUUUAAUGGAGCAAUUGAAUUUUAACUUAUCUAUUCACAACCCAUUCAGGCCUGUAGAAGGUUUACUCAUAGACAUUAAGACUAGAACAAAUUUACACGAUCCAGAAAGGUUGAGGCAAGGAACUGAACACUUUUUAGAAAGGUCUCUAUUGACAGACGCCAUUUUACUCUAUUCGCCCAGUCAAGUUGCCUUAGCAGCCGUAUUACAUGCUGCAUCUAAGCUUCAAGAGAACCUGGAUUCUUAUGUGACAGACACAUUGUUCGGGGAGGAUGGAAGGGAUAAAUUAACAGAUUUAAUUGAAGCUGUUAGAGCAAUUCGUUCAAUGGUUAAAAUGGCUGAUUCAACUCCUGAUAGAAACCAACAAAAAAUAUUGGAUAAGAAAUUGGACAAGUGCCGAAAUCCCGAAAAUAAUCCCGAUAGCGAAAUAUAUAAAAAACGAAUGCUGGCGAUAUUGGAUGAUGAUGACGAUUUGUAUAGAAAGGUGUCGUCGCAGAACACUAGCAUCGAUAAUUCUGCUCUCAGUAUGUCUAUACAAUCCUCUCCUCAAUAACAAUAAUUACUGGAGUAGGGAAUAACAAUAAUUACUAACUUAAAUAUGUUUUAUAAUUUCUCCUUCUGAAUGAAACAAUAUUAAUAAAUUUCUUUACCUAA